AUGGGAUGCGGCGCGUCAGUUGAGACAACGACGGACCUGAAACAGGUAGAAGCCGCACAAGAUAAGAAGCGUCGACACCGGAGGUCAGGCUUGGCGGUUACCACCAUGACAAGCUUCGAGGACAACUGGGCGCAAGUGGUCUUUGAGCAGGCCAAAGACCGGGCUCGAUUGGAAGCGAAAGAGAGACGAUCUGGCGCUACUUUCAGGGUGCCAAUUUCACAGAGGAGGAAGGUGAUGGACAGAGCUCAGUCCUUGGGUCCUCUGCCUGCGGGAGAUGCAAUCGACUUGGACCAGUAUGGUUUGGCAUUGCUCGACGCUCGGAAGUCCAUGGAUCCCGCUCCUCCCACUGCGCCCCCACCUGGGGUGCCCGUGCCGCCGGGCCGCGACAGCCACGACAACCACGUGAGGAAGAUUGUCCGUUUCUUGGAGCAGCUGCAAGAAGCUCCAGAGACGCCAGCAAGCCGCCAGACGACUCCCGAGACUCCUGGAGCUGACACGCCCAUCAGCUUCGAGGAUUUCUAG